AUGGUAGCCGUACGUUUGAAGCAGGCAGUAGCGGUACUAGUUAAAAUGGCUGCAGUGCUGCUCUUCUUCUUCCUAAUUAGCGGCUGCGCCACCACCACCGCCACCGCUACCUCCACCAUCCGCAGUACUAUUACUUACCCAGAGUUUCAGGAGUUGAACGUAAAAGAAACCAUCGCGGGGACCAAAAUGAAUAUCGGGCCACCUACGGCAGCUGCACGCAACGUCACAAGCAGCAGCAGCAGCAGCCCCACCACCACUGCCAGUACUAGCGAUAGUGGGGGAGGAGGAGGAGGAAAAUGGAAGGUGAAGGUGGUUCACAGAGACACGAUAUCAUUACAAUCUUACUGGAACGGCGGCGGCCAUACCCAUGCCCACCUUUUCCAUGCACGCAUGAAAAGGGAUGCAAAGAGGGUUGCUAGCCUUAUGCGGCGCCUAAGUCAUCGUAUAAGCAGCAGCAGCAACAGCAGCACCAUUGAUGAGGAGGAGGAGAAGGAGGAGGAGAAGGGUUUCGGGUCGGAAGUGGUGUCGGGUAUGGAGCAAGGGAGUGGAGAAUACUUCGUUCGGAUCGGAGUGGGGAGCCCUCCAAGAAGCCAAUACAUAGUGAUUGACUCCGGAAGUGAUAUCGUUUGGGUCCAGUGUCAACCUUGUAGCCAGUGUUACCACCAGUCCGAUCCGAUCUUUGACCCAGCCCAUUCUGCUUCUUAUAUGGGGGUCUCCUGCAGCUCCUCAGUCUGCGGCCACCUCCAGAACCCUGGCUGCCAUGCGGGUCGAUGCCGCUACGAGGCCUCCUACGGGGACGGGUCCUAUACGGAGGGCACGCUUGCCCUCGAGACUCUUACGUUGGGGAGCACCCUCAUCCAGAACGUGGCCAUCGGCUGCGGCCAUAUGAAUCGGGGCAUGUUUGUGGGAGCCGCUGGUCUUUUGGGGCUUGGGGGUGGGCCCAUGUCUUUUGUGGGUCAGCUCGCCGGCCAGACCGGCGGUGCUUUUACUUACUGCUUAGUCAGCCGGGGCCGCCGCAGUGGUACUGGUAGUGACACUGACGACGCAGCAGCAGCAAGCGAAUUGGGCGGCGGAGGAGGAGGGUCUAUUGAGUUCGGGCGUGAGGCGAUGCCCGUGGGUGCUGCGUGGGUCCCUCUGAUCCGGAACCCACGGGCCCCGAGUUUUUAUUUUGUGGGGCUUGCGGGUCUUGGGGUUGGAGGGAUGCGGGUGCCCAUAUCGGAAGACAUAUUCGGGCAAAGCGAAGGAGGGGUUGUGAUGGACACGGGCACCGCCGUCACAAGGUUCCCGACGGUGGCAUAUGAGGCGUUCCGGGACAGUUUUGUUCAGCAGACCGCCAACCUCCCUCGCCUCUCCUCCGGAGUCUCCAUCUUUGACACUUGCUACGACCUCAACGGUUUCGUGUCGGUUCGGGUGCCAACCGUUUCGUUUUAUUUCUCGGGUGCGGGUGGACCCAUCCUCACCCUUCCGGCCAGCAAUUUUCUAAUUCCGGUGGAUGACAAGGGCAGUUUUUGCUUUGCAUUUGCUCCUUCCCCAUCCGGGCUUUCCAUAAUAGGCAACAUUCAGCAAGAGGGCAUCCAGAUUUCAUUCGAUGGAGCCAAUGGUUUUGUGGGAUUCGGACCCAAUGUCUGCUAA